GUCAUUUUUAGUUAUUUUGCGAGGGACUUACAUCUCUAUGUUCCCUCCACACACAUUGCUUGGUUAAUGAUGCAUAUUUGGCUCCAUCUUUUGUAACACAUAGUGUGUAUUUAGAGAUUUGCGCCUUUAACACAGAGAUGUGAAACAUUUUAUUGAGGGUGAUAGUUCCAGCCGUGCACGAUGGAUCAACUAAUAAGAGAGUUAAGCCACAGGUGCUUACCUGUGAGGCAGUUGAAGAAGCUACUAAAAAAUCAUAUGUCCCAGAAUCAUAUGAAAAAUCAGCAUAAAUGGGUCAAGGUUGCUAAACGUUUAGUCAAUGAGGCUGUAGAUUCUGCAUCAGAAAUACUAUUUGAAAAUGUCUUUAGAAUAACUAAGAUUAAUACAGAGAAGGCAGUGGAGAGAGGGUUAAAAAAUCCACAGUCUGAUGGACUUUUAUACCGUGUCCUCCUAGGAAGCUUGAUCAAGCAUGUCCACUGUGCUGUUGAGAAUUCUGAGUUCUCUGGAUCCGAGAUCACCAGAUUGAUCUCUCUCCUCCUUUCUGCAGUGAUUGACAUGGAAGCUGCUUCUGUCAGAACUGAAGAAGUGCCUGUAGCUGUUUCAAAGAUUUCUACCAACUUCAUUUUAAUGCUUGGUCACUGCCAAGAGCAUAUCCUGGAUACCUUACUGCACUGCAGAACUCUUAUCUUCCAUAAUGAAAGACGUCCGUGGAUAUAUGUACCGUUAAUAAAGAGGCUUCUUUCUUCAGUGAAGAAUGGAAAAACUUUAUCUCCGCAGCUGUACCUGAAGUACGUAUUACUGGCCAAACUGCUGCUCUCCAUGACAAGAAAGGAGGAGGUUAUACAAGUGAAAACACUCAUCAUGAAGGCUGUGAAGAUGCCAGUGACAUUUGGUGACUGGGCCAAUCAAAACAAAAUCCCUUGGCUGAAUCUCGACAGUUAUAACACUCGACUAAUUCUCAAGAGCAUGAAACUCUCAGCCGCUCUUAAGACACUAUACGGUGAUAAGGCACUAGCAUCUGCUCAAGAAACAGAUUCUCAGACCCCAAACAAGAACAACAACAAUUUAUUUCAGACAUCUGAUAAUGUUGUUAAACAAAAUGACUGUGAAAAAAUAUUAAAGAAAAGUAAGGAAACCGUUAAUUCUAAAUUGAAGUCCAAAUUGCCUGCCUUACAAAGUAUUGAAAUUGCUCAAGGUAAACCAAAUUGUAAAGUUGCAGCAAAUAUAGGGAAACGAAUAAGUAACGUUGAUUCUGGAAUGGUUAAGAAAAGAAAUGUGAAGUCACUGAAUAUUUCUCAUUCUUGUAUUCUCAAAAAACAGGAAGAUGUGGAUGAAAGAAAGAUAAAAGUACCUAAUGCAAAUUCACAAAAAUGUUGCCCUUAUGAUGUGAAAAACAAGACUAAUGUGAAUUCACAGAUAUAUUGCAUUAAUGAUGUGAACAACAAGAAAGAAAAAUGUACAAGGAAAGUAGUAUCAGACUUGAACACUAAUGAGGGGCAGCAAGGAGUGAUUAAGGCAAAGAAACACACCAAUGAUAAUUUUAAGGUGAAUAGAAAAAGUAAGCCAAAAAUGGAAGGGAUUUUGGGUUUGAAUAUUGAUGAGCUACAAAUAGUGGUUAAGCCAAAGAAAAAGGAGGAGCUACAUGGUGUGAAAGCAAAAUUGAAAAGCCAAGUGAGUAACACAGAUACUGUUGAGUUAGAGAAUGAUAGAAAUAUGGAAAUAGAAAUGGAUGUAAAUAUUCCAGAGACACAAGUGGUUGCUAAGGCAAAGAAAAAGAAGAAAAUGGUGGGUAUAACAGGAAAUGAGGGCAAACACACCAGCGGCAUGGAUUUUGAGAGAGACAAGAAAGGAAAUGUGAAAGUGGAAAAUUAUUCUUGUUUAAAUGGUCAUGAGGCACAAGAAAAGGUGGUGAAGAUGAAGAAAAGGUUACACGAUACAAAAACAGAUAAAAAUGCAAGCACUGUAGAUAUUUUGGAUAAAAAUAUUAAUGUAAACUUGGAAAAGAAUUUCUAUUUGGACAUUGGUGAGAUGCAGCUUGAAGAGUUAAAGACAAAGAAGAAGAAGAAAACACAGUCUGUUGCGAUGGUAACAAGGGUGAAAAGCACAAAUGACAUAGAUUUUGGGACAGACAAGAAAGCAAGAAAGAAAGUAAAAGAAGACAAAGAGCAAGAAGUGAUGAAAGUACAGAAAAUGAAGAACUUGCAGAAUAUGACAGUAAACAUGGGAAAACACACAAAUGACAAUGACUUUGGCUUAGGCAGGAAAAGCAGCAUGAUAGAGGGAAAAAAUUCUGUUGCAGAGAGUCACAAAGCACAGCAAAAGGUGGCUAAGGCAAAAACAAAUAAAAAGAUAUCUGAUUUUGGAAGAGAAAACACAAAAAAUGUGAUAAAAGAAAAUUUCUGUUUAAAGGGUCAUGAGUUACAGGAAGAAGUGGUAAAGGUAAAGAAAAUGAGAAUAGUGCAUGAAAUGGGAAAAUUUGUUAAUCAUGUGAAUGUUUGGAGAGAGAAGAAAGACAAUGUUAAAGUAGAAAAGAUUUCUUGUUUUGAAAUUCAGAACACUUCACAAGAAGUGGUUAAAACAAAGAAAAGAAAAGAGAUGGCAAAAUUAAAAAAAAGCAAUAUAAGAGUCGGAGAGAUUUCUGGUACAGGUGUUCAUGAGACACAAAAGGUAGUCAUCACAAAGAAAAAGAAAAGUGAUGAAAAUGCUGAAAAUGACAUGAAAGGAAAAGCAAAAGUGGAAAAUAUGACUGAUUUAGACAGUAAUGAAAUGGAUCAGUUUGGAAAAGCAAUGAAAACAGAGCAAUUAGGAAGAACAUUGAAAAGGAAACUAUUACUUGACGCUAAGAAACCUGUAAAACAAUUAAAGUUUUCUUAUGGCUGGGAAGUGUGUGAUAAAAAGGUGAGUACAGGAGUGGAGAAUGUGAUUAAAAUGAAACAGUUGAAAACUUUAGAGAGAGAUUACUUAAAAGAGUAUCCUGAUUCAGUCAAAAAGAAAGGAAAGAUUAAUGUAAAAGAAGAUACAGAGAACAGUUUGGCUGUAAAGAGCAAGUGUAGGAAACAUAAGAAUAUAGAAACUACAGUUAGUAACAAAGAAGCUGGUGUUUUUGCUGAGAACUCAGGUCUUGUAAGUUUAAAUAAAGAAGCAAAUUCAUAUGCUUCAAAUCUUUGUGUGUCAAAGAACAUUUCAGUGGCUGCUGGACAAACAGAAAAAAGUCUAGUUCAGAAUAAGGGCAGCAUUUAUUCAGGACUUAACAUUAGAACCCCUAGUGAUCAAAUACAGCAUUCAAGAACUGCAGUUGUUAAACCCGAAGUGAAAUUUAGUGAUCAGCCAACAAUGGAAACAAAGAUACAUUUUCAAACCAGAGAGAGAAGACUUAAUUGUGAAAGGGGUCUGAUAUAUAGGAAAACAAAGCGUGAAUUAACCAACAUUCGUCAGAGAAAAAGAAGGAAUGCUAUUAAUUUCACAGUCACAAAUUUAGAGCCAAAGAUGCCUCAGAGCCAUUUAAAUAUUAAAUCUGAAUAUACAAAGAAAGAUGAUAAACAGAUUGAAAAGAAUAGGAAGGACACAUCACUGAAAACAAAAACAGUUUCUCCAGCUGUUGCAUAUUCUGUUAAAUUAUCUGAUGAAUUUGAAGGUGACUGUAAAAUUCCUUGUUUGUUACAAAGCUAUGAUAUUGAAGUGCUUGAUGAAUCAGGUACCAAUAUGAGUAAUGCAUUUAAUGAUUUAGGUUUUAGAAGUGAUACAGUUAGUGAAGUGGAUAGAUGUAUGAAAGAAUAUCUGGGUAAAGUGAAAAACUGUGAAGUAGCAGAUGAACUGGGCUUCAAGGAUAGUGACCCUUGGAACUGCUUCAAGUUAAGAGAAAAUCAGAGUGAAAUAAAAAAUGAGUUGGACAGUAGUAGAGCCAUUAGUGACUCUGGUGAUGUUGGUAAAUUGGAAAGUCAGUUGGCAACAGUUACAAUGGAAAAUGAUUGGGUAUCUGACUGUUUUGGUAGUGAAGAGGGGAAAAACUCUGAUACUUUUCUAAGCAAAAAUGAUUUUGGCAAAUUAUUCAACGAGAUUGAUCCAUCUGACAAAAAAGAAAUGAGGUCAAGUGAAGUUGGAGAGGUCAGUGCUGUGGUAACCUCCAAGAAAAAUUCUACUCCAUCUGCUGUGUGCCCUGAAAAUUCUGACUCUGAUAUAGAAAUACUUACGGAAGAAAGUUUAAAGACAUCCAAGUCUUCACUGUCACUUACUUUCCAUGAUGCAUGUGAUGUUGAUGAGGCAUCAGGGUCAGAUAGUGAUAUUGUUCCUUGUGAUGAAGAAACAAAAAUGUUCACUGAUGAAGAGAUCAAAAGUUACCACACCAAGCUUAAGGAUGCUGUAAUACAGAAAAAAGUUGAGGAUAUAUUGAAAGAAGAUGAGAAAGAACUGAAAAUGAAGCUGACAGAGGAUAAAAAAAUGAAUGUCACAAAUACAGAAGGAAGAGAGAAAAAUAAAGACAAAAGCAGGCACCAAGAAACUAUUAAGAAACCAAAGGCGGAUGCUUCUGGUGAUUUAGUCAGCCAGAUGAUAAACAAGCUCUACAAGACUUCUUCGGAGAAGAAAGACGAGGAGUUAAAGGAGCACAGCUGCCAUGAGCCUGACAGUGAAGAUGACAUUGAGAUCAUCUUGCAGACAAUUGUGAAAGAUACUGGAAAGGAAACCAGUAUUCAUGGAUUACGUGAAAGAUUUUCAUCGUCCCUUGCAAUUAUGAAAGAAGAUUCGAGUGAAAGUGUUGAACAAAAUUUGGUUGAAAGUGAAGCACAAAAAACUGAACCACUUAAGAAUGUAAGUGAUUGUAAUGAAGAGAAAGUUCAUGGUCCUAAAGAUUUAGUCAGCCACAUGAGGAACAAGAUCUGCAACAGCUAUCUAGAGGAGGGGAAAAAGGCUUUGAAGAAACAUGUUAGUUAUGGGCCAGACAGUGAAGAUGGCAUCAAGAUAAUCCAGCAGACAAUAGUAAAAGAUAUUGAACAAUUAACGAAUCUUCAUGGAUCACAUAAGAAUGAGUUGUCUAUUACAGUCAAGGAAAUGCCAAGUAAAGCUGUUAUUCAGGAAACAUUAACUACAGGCGAGGUACAAAGAACUGAAAUAAUUGAGAAAUCUCCAAACAGUAAUAAAAAUUUCAAGACCAUUGAAGAACGUGAAAUUUUAGUACCGUUUAAUAAAUAUAGCCAUGAAAAUAAAGAAUUUAUUGAUAAAGUGUAUAAAGACCAAAAAACUGAAAUCAUUAAUAACGAAGACCUGAAAUGUAAAAACCAAGAAACUGAACCCGCUGGUAAAGAAAAAUUAAAACUAAAUGAAGAUAAAGAUAUUGAAUUUCUUGAAGUAAAAAUUUCAAAGGAAAGUAAUGAAGUGUGUGGCUCAAAUGUGAAAUUAGAAACCAAGGAUACUAGACAAACAUCAUCCUGUGUAUCAAAUGAAAUGUUCUUGAAUUCUGGGAUUAGCAAAAAUAAUGCUCGAAUAAUAAACGAUUCUUUUGUACAUGAAACUAAAAUCAAAGGGGUAGAUGACAAUGUAAUUUUGAUGCCUAAAAUUGACUUGCCAGAUAAAGUCAAAUUAACUAAAGAUAAAUUAUCAAGGACAAUGUUCAACAAUAAAGAGGAAAAAUAUAGCAUCAGUCAAAACAAAAAUGUAAAUGUGUGUGAAACGAAUGUGAGAUCAAAUAAUAAUAAUACCGCUAAGACUGAUCUUACAGAAGAAGUACUGAAGAAGGGAAAUUCAGAGGAAACUGACAGUGUUGGUGUUUUAGAAGAAAAUGAAAUAAUAGUAUCUAAUUGUGAAAAUGAUGGAUUUGUUGUUGAUUUUCCAGUUAUGGAACAUCUAAUAAAAAGGGAAGAUUUCCCACAAAAUAGUGUAAAUAUAAACCCAUCAGAAACUACAUUAAAGAAACAAGAAGAAAAUUUGUCUUGUGUUUCAGGUAAAAUAUUUGACUCUAAUGGUGAUAUACAGCUUAAUAAUAGUGAUGAAAGAACCAUGAGUUUUGAGCCUGUUAUAGAAGAAUUUGAUGGAAGACCUGCUGAAGGAACAGAUGAAGCUUAUGAAGCAAGUAGUGAUGCUUCUGAAAAUCCUACACCCAAGGUGAGAAAGAAAACGCGUGCAUUACGAAGAAAUCUUGUUGCUCAUGAAGUUUCACAGGAAGCUUCAGAUUCCGAUGCAUCUACAGUUCAGAGCAGUCGAAGAAGCUGGCUGUCUGAAGUAGCCCUUAUUACGCAUUUAGAACCAAUAGGAAGAGGGAGCAAGGUUUCUCUGGAGACUGGUAAUAGUGUAUGUGAUUUUUCAAAUACCAGUCGUGCUUCUCACACUUCAUCAGAAUCUAUUACUGCUGAAACAGAAAACAUGAUAAGGACUGAUUCAUUUAAUUUAAGGAGCAGUAGUGAAUGCUUUAAAAGUAAUGAAUUGGAUAAUAAACAAAAUAUUUCUGAUGCAGUAAUGCCUGUGACUGAAGUUAGCAGAUCAAAUACACCAUCUUUCAGCUCCACUAGAUCUUCAGAAUCAAUAUCAGAAUUACCAGUGAAUGACAUUGUAAAGGAUAGAAAUAUUGAAUUACUUAAGGUGGAAGAUGCAAGAAAAAGAUCCCCCGGCUCUCCAGUAAGAAGAUCAAGUAGAAUAGCUACCAAGCUGGCAGAUCAGCAGAAGCAACGAUCCGAUAGUACUGUUGAAUUCAGCUGUUCCUCGAUAGCAACACUUGCUGAUGGAUCUACUAAGGAUGCCGACAACACAUGUCUGGACAAUGAAUAUGAAGCUUGUAAUUUUGCAAUGGAAGAAAAAUGUGCAGUAGUUGAAAAUGACUCUAAUCAUCUUUGUUUUGGUUUUGAUGGGUUUUCACCUCCUGUAAGUCCAAGAAGUAAACAGGAUCAGCCAAGAUUUACUAGUGAGGCUGAGAGAAAAUUAACAAGCACCCAAAAUCAUGAGGAAUGUGAAGAUGACUUUGAUGCACAGAAUGUGGAGAGAAUGAGUAAUGUGUUUAGUGGCAUGGUGACUGAAAUGGAUGGUAUAUUAAGAAUUAGUGAAAACAAAAUUGCAAUUGAACAAUUAGAUGAAAGAGAAAAUAAUGUAGAGGACAACGAAAUUUUAGAUGAAAAAAAAAGUGAUACAGAAUAUUUUGAUGAAGAUGGAGAAGAGCUGGAGGUGUUGUCUACAUCAGGGGCUGAAGAAAGUGAAGACGUUUCAUGCUGUCAUUCAGCAAGUGUGGGAGGGAGUAACAGUGACAAAACUGGUAUCUCGACAACUCGAAUAAUGCUGCAGUCUCUGUCACGUCAACCUUCAUGCAAGAGGGGAUCAAAGAAAAGUUUUUCAGAUACAAAAAGGGAUGAUAUCCAUUUAUCCAUACCACAUUUAGAGGUCCACUGUGUUUCAGAGGCAGUCUUGACUAAAGAAGUUCUUAUCAGCCCGGAAGUAAGUGAUGAGGAAUGUGAAUUAGUGUCACCUGGAAUUGUUAACGAUUCUAGCGAGGCAAAAACUUUUUCUUUACCCGAGCAUUUGGCUACUAGCUCUAAAAUGAUUCCUUCCCCGAUAAGCUUAUCAACUUGUGACGCAAAAAAGCAUAGUGGAGGAAUUAGAUCUCCACAGAAGGUGAUACCAGAAGAGCAAGAUGAAAGUACCCUACCUAAUAGCAAAGGUGAAACUGUAGUUAAGAUGUCUGAUGCUCUUAAAACUAAACCUCAGGCUUCCCCAGGUACUGUGUCUUGUUUUAACUCUUAUGACAAAAGUAUCAUCACUGGAAAGUUGCCAAGAGCAAUAGUUCUUGUUCAAAAAAUGUCUUUAUCAAACCAUGAUGUUCCAAAAUCACCAAAAACUUCCAUAGGUAAAACUAGCAGUAGUAAUCUUGAAUCAUCAACACUUCAUUUGUCUACCAAACAUUCUCUGUCUGGUAAGGGUUGCUUACCAGUAGAGAAAAGUUCUCAAGAAAAGUCAACUACUAAAGUAAGUUUAGUAAAGAAAUCUAGUUUUGAAGAUUUUCACAAUAGUGUGAAAGUUGAUAAUGAAACAUCUGCUCACACAUUCCGUUUAAUCAGAAGUAGCAAGUUAGUGGAGGCAUCACCUAUUCCUUUUGAAGUGACUGGAGGGUAUACUGAUCAUGUUAAUUGUUCUCCAGAAAAACUGCUACUUAGAAUUCCUACAGAAGAAAAUGAUAGUGCUUCAAAUAAAUUGAGUUUCAGUGAAGAAUCUGACUUGAAAAAUUCUAAAAGAAGAAGAUAUGAUUCUGAAUCUAAAGUUUUGUUAGAAGAGAUGAUUGUCACUGAAAAAAUGACCUACAAACAUGAUGAAAAUGAAAAAUUAUCCGACAGUUAUUUGAAGCAGCAUAGGGAGGAAGGGAGGAGUGACCUAUCUUCAAGUAAUCAGGACAAAAGUCUUAUUCAUUUUGAAGGCAUAGAAGACAAAUAUGCCCCUAAAAACUCCUUUUCUGACAUUUCUGUUUCAUCAGCAGGGUUGAGGAGAAGUAAGAGAUUGAGGAAAAAUGAAGAGAUACCUUCAUUUGCAGCUAAUGAUAAGGAGACUAUUAGUAAUAGCAUUGCAGCAGCUCAAAAUGAAAAAAAAGCCAGGGAAGAAGAAACCACAGAUGCUGCAAGAAAAAGCAAUUUUAGUACUCCUACUUCAUUGAGGACAGAUGAGCUGCCCUCUGAACUUAGCAACUCACUAGUCACAAGGAAAAGAUCCCACCUGAUGGUCAAGAAGGCAACAUGCGGUGUGACGGAAUGUUUAUCUGCAAUAAACGAGCACCAAAUAUCAGUUGGCCAAGUUAUUAAAAUUGCAUAUCCAACAAUUGGAUCAUUUGCACAGUUAACUUCCACCAGAGAGGGGUCACCCAAAGUCAUGGCUUCUAUGAAAGAAAAAUUGCCAGGUCACUUGUCUUUGACAAAGGUGCCACUGGACAGCUCAUUCACUUGUGAAGCUGAGACAUCAUCUACUGGUGGAAAUGGGCCAGUUGGAACAACAUCAAGCAAACACCAUUUUCACAUGAAGCCACCCCAGUCAACAGCCCAAGUAUGUUCCAAGAAGGAUGAAUCAGCUCUCACUUUGCUUUUGAAGGGUGGAUUACAAGUCACAUCCCCUAAUAUAGUCGGGUCAGCAAUCAAAUCCCCCAUCAAGGCCAGGUCACCAUCCAAAUCCCCCAUCAAGGCCAGGUCACCAUCCAAAUCCCCCAUCAAGGCCAGGUCACCAUCCAAAUCCCCCAUCAAGGUCAGGUCACCAUCCAAAUCCCUCAUCAAGGUCAGGUCAUCAUCCAAAUCCCCCAUCAAGGUCAGGUCAUCAUCCAAAUCCCCCAUCAAGGUCAGGUCAUCAUCCAAAUCCCCCAUCAAGCUCAGGUCAUCAUCCAAAUCCCCCAUCAAGGCCAGGUCACCAUCCAAAUCCCCCAUCAAGGUCAGGUCACCAUCCAAAUCCCCCAUCAAGGUCAGGUCACCAUCCAAAUCCCCCACCAAGGCCAGGUCACCAUCCAAAUCCCCCAUCAAGACCAGGUCACCAUCCAAAUCCCCCACCAAGACCAGGUCACCAUCCAAAUCCCCCACCAAGGCCAGGUCACCAUCCAAAUCCCCCACCAAGGCCAGGUCACCAUCCAAAUCCCCCAUCAAGACCAGGUCACCAUCCAAAUCCCCCAUCAAGGCCAAGUCACCAUCCAAAUCCCCCAUCAAGGCCAGGUCACCUGCCAAAUCCCCCAUCAAGGUCAGGUCACCUACCAAAUCCCCCAUCAAGGUCAGGUCACCAACCAAAUCCCCCAUCAAGGUUAGGUCACCUACCAUAUCCCCCAUUAAAACCAGGUCAUCAGUCAAAUCCCCUGUAGGGACCAGGUCACCAGUCAAACCUUCCAAAAAGAUCAGCUCGCCAGCCAAAUUCUCCAUCAAGGUCAGUACAUUGACCAAAUUCCCCAAGGUCAGAUCAGCUGAAUCUCCCAGGGUGGUCAAGUCACCAGCUGAAUCUCCCAAGGUCAGGUCACCAGCUGAAUCCCCCAAGAAGGUCAGGUCACCAGCUGAAUCUACCAAGGAGGUCAGGUCACCAGCUGAAUCUCCCAAGGUCAGGUUGCCAGCUGAAUCCCCCGAGGAGGUCAGGUCACCAGCUAAAUCCCCCGAGAAGGUCAGGUCACCAGCUGAAUCUACCAAGGAGGUCAGGUCACCAGCUGAAUCUACCAAGGUCAGGUUGCCAGCUGAAUCUCCCAAGGAGGUCAGGUCACCAGCUGAAUCCCCUGAGGUGGUCAGGUCACCAGCUGAAUCCCCCAAGGAGAUUAGGACACCAGUUGAAUCCCUUGAGGAGGUCAGGUCACCAGCUGAAUCCCCCAAGGAAGUCAGGUCACCAGCUGAAUCCCCUGAGGAGGUCCGGCCACCAGCUGAAUCCCCCAAGGAGGUCCGGCCACCAGCUGAAUCCCUCGAGGAGGUCGAGUCACCAGCUGAAUCCUUCGAGGAGGUCAGGUCACCAACUGAAUCCCCCAGGGAGGUCAGAUCACCAGCUGAAUCCCCCAAGGAGGUCAGGUCACCAGCUGAAUCCCCCAGGGAGGUCAGAUCACCAGCUGAAUCCCCCAAGGAGGCCAGGUCACCAGCUGAAUCCCCCAAGGAGGUCAGGUCACCAGCUAAAUCCCCAAAAGUGGUCAGGUCACCAGCUGAAUCCCCAAAGAGAUCCCCCAAGAAGAGCCAGUCACCAGUCAAAACCCCCAAGGAGGUUAUGUUGCCCAAAUCUCCCAAUGUCUGGUCACUAGUACAGUCUUCAAGCAAGAAUGAGCCUUGUCAAAAAUUAUCACUGACAUCCUCCUUGAGUAAGAAUGAAUCGCAAAUCAAGUCUUUCUGCAGGACACCAGCUAAAUCAUCUCCCAGUCCAAAGAUGCCUCUAGCCAAGUCAUCCUCAGAGGAGAAUGAAGAACUUUCUACGUCAUCCUUUAUAAAGAAUGAGGCAGUCUUCAGGCAGUGUUUGAGCAAGAUUGAAUCGCCACCAUCCAUAAUACAUUCCAACUCCGAAUCUCCCACCGGAUCCUCCAUGACCAUGGAUGAUUCAUCAGUUAAUAUGCACACAAGAGUGAAUGAAACGCCUUCCAGGUCAUCUGUAAAUGUAAUAGAGUCACCCUCCCAGUCACGUUUAAACAAAAAUGACUUGCCAGCCUCCAGUAAAUCAUCUGCAAGUUUGCCUGAUCAUGAAAAGAAUGAGCCAAGUUAUGAAGGUGCAGCAGUGGUAACUGGAGUACAUUUCUUGCGACGACGCAAAGUGAUGUAUUUGAUGAACUGAAGACUCGGUGUGAAAUGAAGCUAUACAGUAAUCUUUAGUGAAGGGAUAUUAGAUUGACUAGUUUGUUUUAGCUUGUUUGGCAUGGAUACUAGGACUAAUUAAGAAACUGGUAUUGAAAGUUAGUUUGCGUAAUUUUGAUGGACAUCGGCCUUGUACUUAAGUCUGGGUAAAUAGAUCGAAGGUUUUCUUUUGUUGUAUAUUUAUUCAUACUUAGUGUAUGAAUUUCUGGUGAAGCAUUACUUACUGUCAGUGGAUUUUGUUAUUUAAUUUUUUGGUCUGUACAUAUAGAGAAACAUUGAUUUUUGUAUGUUCAGACAGUCAAGUAUGUACAUACAGUAGUGUAUUUACUGUAGUUGUGGAAAACAAUUUAUUUGUAAGGAGAGUAAUAUUUGGAUCAUGAUGACAAAUAUACAUUAUAUAUUUUAUAAAUCCCCCAGAACACAGAAUAAUUAGUUUAGAAUAAGAAGCAGAAGUAGCACAAAUAGUUUUUAUAAUCAUUAAAUUUUUGCAGAAUCGUAUAUUAGUACUAUGUACUGUAUUUGCAGUAUCAAACAUGAACUUUUAAAGAUCAGAGUCUGUUUUAUAUAUUUCUUACAUUGGAUAUAUUGUAGCUUUGAAGAUAUUUCAAAUUUUGUAAAAUGUUGAAGUACACUUUAUUUCACAUAUGUAUAAUAAAAAUGUGAAAUUGUGAUAGUAUUAUGUAAUAUUGUGUAUAAUAUCUACAGUAUAUUGACUCUCAUUUUCUUUUUUACUAAUUGUUGUUAAGAGGUUUUGUGAAGUCUUAUUGUUUAUAAUUUGACAUUGUUAACCCUUUGACUGUUUCAGGCCCCUCUCUGAAACUGUCAUUCUAUGUCGCUCAAUUUUUGAAAAAAAAAAAAUUAUUUUUUCUUAUGAAAUGAUAGAGAAUCUUUUCCCGAUGGUAAUGACACCAAAAGUUCGAAAUUUGGUCGAAAACUCGUGGAAUUAUGCUCCCGCGAAGUUAGCGGUCUCGGCGACAUAUGCGUAUCGGCGAUUUCGCCGACUUUGAGCCCAAUUUUCAGCCAAUUCCAUUGUUCCAGUUGACCAAACUCAUAGCUAUUUCUUUAGAACUCCAUUUUAUCUAUCAGCUGAGUACAAGAAACCUCCCAUUUACUAAUUUGGACUACCCAUUAUGGUGGUCAGAAAUUGGCAAUUUGGCCAAUUUCACGCAAAAUAAAAAAGAUGCCAAUUUCAAAAUAGGGUCCAGAAUAAACAAGGUAGACAUUCGUGGCACUAAAAUAACAUAUGCUCUGUUCAUUAGUCACAUCUCUAGGCCCCUCUUAUAUUAUUAUUGCUUUCUAUUUUGAUUUUUUAUUCAUACAAAAUACAAAAUUUACUGUUAUGCAGACGACUGCAUUAUUGUAAAAAUGGUAUAAAUAAUAUCAGUGCACUAGUGAAAGAAUAUUAGACUCCCCAGUUGACGUGUAUUGGACGUGUGGUGUGAUUUAUGUACUCUUGAACAUUGGUAAAAAUCGAACAUUUCCGCUACUUUGAGCUCAGUUUCAAGGUCGUUUUCAUCGUAAAAGUAAUGAAAAUCAUCUCUAUUUCUGUAAUAUGUUUUCCAUUUUAUCACCUAAGACCAAGAAAACGCGAAUACAACGAUAAAUACUAUACGAAAAUACACCUCAAAGUCGGCGUUUUAUUCCAAAAAAACGAUCAGUUUUUUUUUUCUCAUUACGCAAUGUGUGCUGCAGGAUUUUUUUUAUGUGGUGCACACUGAUCACACAGACCCAUGCUCUCACAUGUGGGCCUACCAGCUUUCUCCCACUUGAUUUGAAGCCGCUAGAAUUAUUGAGUAUAUAUACGUCAGAAACAUUGGCUCGUAAGACGUAUUUAUACGUCGAAAACAGUCAAAGGGUUAAAUUAGACACAUUAGAGCCAUUCAUCUACUAUAAUUUGACAUUGUUGAAGUUUGAGAAAACUAUUAUUUUCAAGUUUAUAAGAAAUACUACGGGCCUAAGCUUUUGUAGAAUAAAAGUCUUAGUGUUAUGUGCUGUCAUUACUUUUGUUAACAGAAGAUAUUUUUUAUAAUGUACCAUUAUUUAAAUGGCCCAUUAUAAUUUUUGAAUGAUUAAAGCUUUAUAAAAUGACAGAUAUUAUUUUUCUUGAGUGGGCAAGUCUUCCAUGUCAUAAUCAGGCUAACAUGCAAAAUUGUAAUGACACCUUUGUAAACUACUCGCAGAAUAGAUAAGGUUUGAACUAUUGGGGAGCCAGUCCUAAAACUAACAGGCUUGUGCUCAAGCCAUUAUACCACGCCAGCCUAAUAAUAUUUGUUCAGCCAGGUAUGUCUCUAAAUCCUAGGAAGGUUAGCUAGCUAACCUUCCUUGGAUGUAGAAAUUUACUUACCUUGAUGAAUUUUAUUAGGUUGGCACAGUACAGUGGUUAUAGAACUGACCUGCCAUUUUUAGGACUGGAUCCCCAUGAGUUUGAACCUUAUCUCUUCUGUCAUAAUCAGGAUAUCACUUAUAAUUACAACAAUGGCUGUGCUAGCAACUGAUAUUGUAAACAGAUCUGUUAGUCUUAACACUGUAUCGCAUUAUUUUAACACUAACUCUGAUUACUGUUUUAACAUCACAAGAUGGCUAGGGUCAAUAUGAUUACUUUUAGUAAUGUAAGUGUUGUAUGAGCUAUACAGGUUUGGCACAUUUUUUACAAUAAUUUAAUAACCUAAAGUUAAAUAUGACUUACCACACUGGAAAAAUUCAUCUGCAGUGGAUAUAAAAAAUGUAUUAAGGGAUCGUUUUGACUUGGGUAAAGAAGGUAAAAUUUAUUGAAGCAGUGUUCAACUAGUGUGUCAUUCAUGAGGCCUUGAUUUUGUCCACAUAAGACACUUUCUCCAUUUUUUGUAUUUUGUACAAUGUGUAUGUAAAUAUAAUUUUAUAUAUGUUUGCAAAUAAUUCAUGUAGGUAACAUUCCUUUUAGUUAAACCACUUCAACAUUUAGCAUUAUUUAGCAUUUUUUGCAUUGUUUAAUUUACUGGCUAAACUCACCAUGUACACAUUCUUUUUCUUUAUGGCCUUGUCUUGCAAGAGAUUAUUAGCCCUUUCAUUUUUAAAUAUAUUAAUAAUAUGGUCUUGUACAUAAUUUUAGGCAAAUAAUACUGGUGAGAAAGAUAAUAUGCAUUGAGCACUAUCAUUGUUAUUAUUAAAUAAAUAACAAAAAGGCACAA